AUGUCGAGUAUCGAAAUAUUAACAGUUGGAAGUAAUCCAAAUGUUGCGUUUUAUGCAUGGCGAUUACAUGAAACACAGUCUUGUAACGUGUCGGUGGUAAACUCUAGAAUUAAGGGAGAUAGUAUCAACUGGAGAUCACCUGUGUUGGGGACUUCUACAUUCAAGCCAUAUGAGAUUUACCAAGACUUAUCGCAAAUCAGUCCUGGAUCAAACAAAUAUGAUAUUGUAUUCAUCAGUUGUACGUCUUUGCAGGAUUUUCAGACCGUCUGUGCAGAUUUGGUGCCAUUCUUACACAAGAAAUCUGCCAUAGUUGUAGAAAGCACCGGAUAUGUUAAUUUGGAGCCAUUUGUUCAACUCAGCUUUCCAUCAAUGAAAGACAUUACUAUUUGUUGUAUUAUGAACGAAUCGGACGUCAGGCAAAUAGAUGGAGAUAAUUUUACCCAUAUUUUGAGAAACAACGAUAACAGAAUAUAUUUGGGAACGUCGUUGACAAAUUCUAACAUUUCAUCUACCUCAAAUCCAAGUUUUCAAAAAGUAUAUAAAUUAAUGCAAUUAGUACAGCAAGAUUCUUCAAAUAGCAUUUCAUUAUUGAAAUCAAUUGUCCCUAAAGAGUUCAUGACUUACCAGUGGAAGCUUGCAUUACCAAGAAUUGUUUUCAAUCCUUUAUCUGUGAUUUUUGAAGCCGAGGUUCCGGCAAAUUUGUCCAACCAGAUUUUAUGCAAGCCACUUAUUACUGGUAUGAUCAAUGAAAUAUUCAAAAUUAUUAAAAAAAUGGAUUGUAAGCUAGUCAAGGGAUCUGAAAAUGAAAAUAAUUUGUUCAAAAACUGGUGUAGCAGUUUCCCUGAGGCUCCGAAGAAUCAAAACUAUUUGAACUCACCUCCUUUGUUCUAUGAAUUUUACAGGCAGUACGACUUAAAUAUUGAUUUAUUAUUGUUGCAGCCCAUAUUACUAGCUGAUGACCAUGGUAUUAGAACCCCUUAUUUGGAGAAUAUUUAUUCUACGAUGUGCCAAUAUAUUAAAAUCAACGAUGCUGAUACGAAUUCAAUCUUUUUCACAAGAAAAUCCAACUCUAAUAUGAAUAAAGGAAAAGUGAAUCAAAUUAAUGCGGAUCAUGAGUUUAAGUUAAAUCAGUUGAAUAUUAUUAGUAGUGACUUGGCAAGAAUGGAAUCUAAUAAGAAUCAAUUAGAUUCUUACUUAAGAGAAAAGGAAAUUUUAAAGGGACAAGUUGGUGAAGAUAUCAAUAAACAAGAAUUGAAUUUAAGGAAAUUAAAUAUCAAUGUGGAUCAUCAACAACAAAAGUUAUCGCAAAUUGAACAAAGACUUGAGCAGUUACAAUUACAAGAACAAAAAAUUGGCAAUAACCAAAUGAAGCUGAUUCAACCCUCUGAACUAGAAGAACGUACUCUACCUCAAAGUGAAACAAACAGAACAUUCAGAGAUUCUGUUGCUCCAAAUGAUAAUUUGGAAGAUUUAGCAGAUAUAGCGUUGUAUGGAGCCGCUUUAGGUAGCCCAGUUCCAAACCAGAAUGCAUCACAUAAUGGCGAGGCUGAUAUGAAUGGAAGCAGCGUUCCAAACAGGGCUUUAAAUAUGAAUGGUGGUAACGACCAGGUCCAUAGUAAUGGAAAUGCUCAUUCAAACGGUAACAUUCAAUUAUUGAAUGGUGAUCUUCCUCAGCAUUUGCAUGAAAAAGAAUUGGAAUUACAGAAAAGAGAAAGGGUGCUUAUUAACAGGGAGUUAUCCUUACCUAAUGAUAAUCAGAUGAAUGGAUAUUACGAUAAUGAACAGCAUCGCCAACCACAACAUCCUCAGCAACAACCACAUCAGCAAACUCCUCCAGCUUUGCAUCUCGACACGCAACAAAAGAAUAUGAAUAUGCCACCUAAUCAACAACAAUAUUAUAACCAAAGACAGUACAAUAAUAACCAUGGUUACAUGCCAUCACCAAUGGAUCAACAACUUCCACAUGGUUUACCAUCUAAUGGAUUACCUCCAAAUGCAUUACCACCAAACUUGCGGGUCAAUUCGAUGAAUUCAAAUAUGAAUAGGUAUAACAUGCCACCGCCGCAGAUGGUGAAUGGAAAUCCACAUCAAGCAAAUGGUUAUGGAGGUAAAACACAAAGAUUAAGUUCUUUCCCAUCUUCUUCACAUAAUUAUCAGGAUUUACACCAACAACAGUAUAUGCAAAACCCACCUCAACAACAAUACUAUAACAAUACGUAUCAAAAUGGGCCACCUGUUGAUCCUGGUGUAGAAUCAAGGUUUAAGGCGCAACCAAGAAAACUGAAUCGUCGUUCUGCUUUCCCUCAAAUGAAUGGUGACUUGUCAGGAUUAGAUAUGGGUGGUAGAGGCGGCAUGCCUAUGCCUGGUGGUACCAAUCCUGCGGCCACAAAAGCUAAUAAGCAUAGAUCAGCUAUGCCAAUGAAUGCGAAUGGUAACAGAACGAGUCCUCCACAGCAUAAGAAAUCUGCUAGUAACUAUGCGAUCCCACAAGGUCAAGGUCAAGGUCAAGGUCAAGGUCAAGGUCAAGGUCAAGGUCAAGGUCAAGGUCAGGCUCAGGCUCAGGCUCAGGCUCAGGCCCAGGCUCAGGCUCAAGGUCAUGCUCAAGGUCAUGCUCAGGCUCAGGGUACAAGAAUCAAUGUUCUUGGACAGGGUCAACCUUCCUCUGAACCCCAGCAGUAUAACCAUGCUCAGCCACAGCAACAAUACUUGCAACUCCCUAAUGGUUCAAAUGCUUCUAGCAAUUCGUCAAAUUCAGUUAAUACUAAUGAUACACCUCAAACUAAUGAUGAAGGUGUUCAAAUACAUGUUCCUAUUGCAGAUCCUAAUACAAAUGCUAAGCCAUUAGGAGGUAUUUCCAAUCCAAAUAAAGAGGUCGAGACGAAGAAAAAGAGAGGUUUAUUCAGAAAGCACUGA